AUGAGCGGCGUUCAUUGUCUCAUCGACGAUGAGGGUCACUAUAUCAAGGCUCAUACAGUCAUCGCAAGUGGUGACGCAGCAGUUGUUGUUCAACGAGACGAUAUGGCAAUCAAAAUGGCCAUCGUGUACAAAUAUUACACGAUGGAGAAGGUGGAAGGAAAUCGUCAAAAGAUCCGACGAGAGCAAGAGGUCUGGCGACGCAUCCAACCCAGCUUCGAAAGCCCGGUGGAAGGCAUCGUUCAGUGCCUCGACCUUCCUGGAGACACCAUCGAGAUGAGAUACAUGUCCGGGGGUACGUUGUCAAAGUGGCUGAAGCAUAGAGUACGACCCAGCAUAGAGCUCCAGAAGCGCUGGUUCCGCCAGCUUGCCAUCGGCCUCCACAACUUGCACCGACGUCGCGUCAUCCACAGUGAUAUCCUCAGCCGCAAUAUUCUGUUAGAUGGUUCGUUGAAUGUUGUGAUUACUGACCUCGGUGCCUCGACUAUUAUGCCUAUUAAUACUGUCAUGGUCAAUGCGGUGGAUGAUUACAAUUGCUCCAUCUGGACGGAUAUCUGCCAGCUGGGCCUCGUGUUCUAUGAGAUCGUCACGGGGAGACAGACUUGUAUCAGUCUCUAUAGCAGUGGUAGGAAUGACUCGGUCGCAAUAUUUCCACCUCGGAAUAAUCUCCCUAUGCUGGACCAACGAAUCUGGGCCCAGGAUAUCAUCGAGACCUGUUGGAGGGAGGGUGGAUAUGGGGCUGCAGGCGCGGCGGGAAUUCUGGCUAAGCUGGAUAAAGUGCAAGGCCUGCGCCGACGUUGA